AUGGUAGAAUGUAUAAAAAAUUUGCUUGUAAAUAAAAAGAUAUUUCUGAGCAUAAUUUUAGAAAUUUUUAUUAAAUUUUACAAAUAAAUAUUGUCUAUUUUGGUUGAUUUUUUAAUAUAAAAUAUAUAUAUUAUGAGUUCUACUUUAACAAAUAAUAAAAAAGUGGCUCUGCCUUAAUUCGCUGUGUAAGUUAGAAAUGAAAAAUUAGAGAAUGUUUUUGAGUGCAUCAUUUGCAAAUAGAUUAGCAAAACAAUUCCAUUAUUUUAGCGUCAUUUGACAGAAGAAAGACAUUUAUAAGCCUUAGAAAAGAUUAAGGAAGCUGCUUAAAAAAAGAAAGAAACAUAACAAUUAUAGCUUAAAAGAGCUGCAUUAGAAGAUCAAGAAGAAGUAGCAGAAAAGUUGAGAAAAGAAGAAGAGGAGGAACUAAAAAGAAUCGAAGAAAUAGAGAGAUAAGAGGCUUUAGCAAGAAUGGAAGAAUUCAGAAAAUUAAAAUAGGAGGUUUAGAAAGAAUUGGAAGAGUCAGAAAAAAUAAAAUAAUAAUAAUUGAUAGAAAUAUAAAAUAAAAUUUAAAGUGAAAAAUAAAAUGAUUUAGAAAAUGAUGAUGAAAAUUAAGAAAGUGAAAGUUAAUCCUAAAGCCCAAGCAAUUAAGACAAAGGAGAUGAAGAGUUCAAAUAAAAUGAUAAAAAAGAAAACGAAAAUGAUGAAUAAAAUAUUGAUAAAACAAAAAUAGAUGAGGAUGAGGAAGAUAAUCCAUUAAAUAAGGAAGAGUUAGAAUAAUUUAAAAAAGAUUUGUAAAAUGAAGAAGAAGAUGAAGUUAUUUAAAAUGCAAGAAGCUUAAUCGAUAAGAUUAAAAAUAGAAAAAAACUAAAAAAAUGA